CAGUCAGAGGAGAAAGUUUCCGUUCUGAUGCCUUCGCUCUAAAAGCAAAGUUUUGUUUACGAAAAAUUAUUUGCGUGUGUUUACUAAAAACAAAAUAAAUCAAUAUAAUUUUUCCGUUCAACUAAUUUCAAUUAAAUCGCUGGAGUGUUUAGAAAAAUUAGCUGUUGCUGGAAGCGUUCAAUUCGUGUUCGAAAUCGCAUCGGCAUGAAUAAUAGUGUGUGCGAUGUGCCCAAUAACAAUCCCGGCACCUACUGUAGGUUGUGCUUUUCGCAGACGAAAGUGGUUCCGAUCUUUCCACUCGGGAGCAAUCACAACCAAAAGUUGAUCAAUCAGGUGUACCAGUGGACCGGCGUACAGAUCAGCUAUCAGGAAGAUUUUACCUGUGCAAUUUGCUGGAAAUGCACGGUUUACCUAGAAGAAUUCCAACGUUUUUGUGAUCGCUGUAGAAAAAACGAUUGGACUAUCAAACAGAAGCGUAGUGAUCAAAUAAGACAAGUGCAGAAGAGCGAAGGCCAAGAAAACAGUAACAAUCAAAUGGACGAUAGGCGAUUUGGGUACAUGUACCCUCUGAUGCAACCUGCCUUAGGAUACGAAUUUCGUUUGUCGAAUGAACCUCGUGAGCGUACCACCGGACCAGAGCACCCAAGAACAGUUUCCCGUGUUUUCCAUGAAGCACAACCGUCGGUUAGUCAUCUGGCAAAAACUGAAUCACGAAUAGACAUCGAAACGGAAUUCAAACAUGUACUUCCGGUAGAACGGCUUCCUGAGGAACUCGUUAACAUGCUUGAUCUACCAGCGACCACCUCAAAACGGCCUGGUACUAGUAAUGAAACUGCUAGUGGUGAACCGACGGCUCCGAAACAACGCAGCAGUCAAUAUCAGAAAAUUGUGGAGUCAGGCGGGGUUAAAUGUCCCAUUUGCAAGAAGCCCUACACGACGGACAAAAAUCUCAAGAAGCAUCUUCGCUUGCACACUCUCUCGCUGCCCUUUACUUGUAACGAUUGUGGAGCGAAAUUCUCCGAACGACGGGAUUUCCAGAAGCACCAAGAGCGAUACCAUGGUCCCAACGCUACUGCCUCGGUGUCAGAAAUAUUCCACUGUGAGUUCUGUUCAAGAGUCUUCACCCGACAGCGCGACAUGACCAAGCAUUUGCGUCUCUUUCAUGAGCCUCCAGAGGAUGUUAAACUAGGAAACGUUAACUAAUAUGAUUUUAUAACGGUGUCUUAGUUGGUAAGAGUAACAGAUGCACUUAAACGUUUUGGUUUAGCUAUAAUUACUCGUAGCUAUGGUCGUAUUUUUGGAAACUUGCUCUGAUCAUUCCGGAAAGGAAGAUGACACAUAAAGUAAAGCACGAGAGGGUAGAGAAAUCUUACGUUCUGCUAUGGAACGGAACAGGCUUCUAAAAAAGGUCUUUAUUUUGAUUAAUGUUCUGUAUUACAGCAAAUUUCUUGUUGCAGAGCAAAACAUACAACUGGUCAGAUCGAUUGACUAAUGAAUAAUGAAAAUUUAUUUGAAUCAACAACCUACGUUGCUAGGCGUACAUACGUACAUUCGUUGAUUAGAUAUUCGCCCUUAUUCUGAAUAACGACGUAUUGGUUUUUCGAUCGAAUACGAUUACAACGUUUCUGCCAUAUCAAAGCGAUAUAAAUGAUUGCAUAGAUUUCGAAACAAAUUGUCACCCUGGUUCUGUAUUUCAAUCGAAUGUGAAAUUUCUAUUCUGUAUUUCGAUCGAGCUCGAAUUUUCUGUACCAAAACAUCACUCGAUGUGGAAAUUCCACAUUCGACAUAUUUUAAUGCGAAAUAAAUACAGAAUAAGGCGUUUAUUUUUACUAUCUGCAGCAAUACAGUGACAAACGAUCAAUAAUGGUGAAUAAGCAUGGAUAUUUUUCUAAUGGUCAGUUGGAAAUCAAUUGCAUUGACUUAAUGCUUCUAAAUUUAUUAAUGCAGUGCUAGAAUGUGACCGUUUCUAGUUUUUAUGGGUCAAGACAUGCUCCUUUCCCGAAUUUACAGUAUUUUAAUUUACUACUGGUUUACUGGCGUUCUACGCAUAAUCGUCCCAUAUGAUAUAUGAUUUACUAUGCACAUGGAACAGUUAAGACUUGGAACAACAGUUUACAUAUUUUUUACCUGGGCAUUACACAUUCCUUUCGUGAAAUUUGGCCUUUCUGUUUCAACAGAUUUCGCAGCCGAUUCAUAGCGUACAGAAUCAUUGCAUGGCUAAGUGCUACGAUCGACCCAGGUUGGCGGAUCAAUGCAUACGACGCUGGUCUUACAAGCCAGUUGUCAUAUGUUCGAGCCCCGACCUGGAGGGAUUCAUAGUGUCAGUAGGAGUGUAGUACUAGCCAUGCAAUGAUUCUGUACGCUAAGAAUCGGCUGAAAAGUCUUUUGAAAUAGAAAGGCCAAUUUCCAUAAAAGAAAUGUAAUGCCAAGACUUUGCUUCGUUAUUUGAUUCAUUUUUUUUUUGUAAAUAACGUGAACAAUUGGUUUUAAAAGCAUUCUCACUUUUUUCUAGACAGAUUAAACAAGUGAGUUUCGUCGAUUCGCGAUAAGUAGAAAAAUGAAUACAGUACUUGAAAAUAGAGGAAUGAAAAAAAAAUAAGUCCUAAUUAUUACAAAACUGCAAAGAUUUUUCUGAUCUGGGUGGUGAGCGCAUUCAGUGAUUAUUUAAAAAAAAUAAUUCAUCGAUAAUCUGUCAUCAGCCAUUUUUAUUAAACAUAUGAAACAAUCAGUAAAUUUUCUCGAAUUCAAUUUAGAUCACAGAAACGUGAUCGAUUAACAGAUAAAACUAGAUAAGAUUACAACACGUAAACGUAUCUUGCGUAUCUUGGUAGUGCGUCCGUUACUCUACCCACUUUAAGACUGUUUGAUAUAUCUGUACAACUUUCUGUGUAAUAAAAAAGUGAGUGACGAAAA